GUGUGGUCUGAAGGCGGAGUUGAAUCUAUUAAAGUCCUCUGAGAAACAGCGGUGGAGUCAGUUGAAGCUCUCACUUUAACUAGAAUAUAGAGUUGGUAGAUUUUUCAUUUAUUUUACGGACCAAACGUCGUUUCUGGGCGGGACGGCAGCGAGACGUGGACUGAUAACGUUACAACUUCACCUGCGAGAUAAGUCGACCUAACGUCACGUCCUGAAUCGGUGCUGUAUAAAUCACAAUGAAGCACCUCUCCUUGUUUUGCCUGUGUGCACUGGUGAUCCUUGAGGGUGUGCUGCCCCAGGCUCCAUCGUACGGUGAACGGGGCUCAGAUCUUGGCAUACAGGUGUUUCAGCAAGUAGUCCGUUCCAAGCCCCUGGAAAAUGUGGUGUUUUCACCCCAUGGAGUGGCUUCCAUUCUGGGCAUGCUGCUACCUGGAGCCCAUGGAGAGACCCGGAAGCAGAUCAUUAGUGGUCUCCGUUACAAGAAAAAUGGUCCUUACAAGAUGUUGAAGAAGCUUCACAAGGCCCUGACAAAGUCCAACCAGGACCCUGUGCUGAUUGGCAAUGCCAUUUUCAGCCAGGAGGGCUUCCCCAUGGAGGCGUCCUUUGUCACCACCAACAAAGACAACUUCCAAAGUGAGACCAGGAGCCUGGACUUCAGCAACCCUCAGGGGGCAGCCACUGAAAUCAACGAUUGGGUCAACAAUAAGACUAAAGGUCACAUCUCCACCUUGAUCAACCCAGGCAUGCUGGACCCGGAUAUGACGCGCCUGGUCGUGGUCAACUCCAUCUACUUCAAAGGCUUAUGGAAGUCCCGCUUCCAGCCAUCGAACACCAAGAUGAGGCCCUUCACCGGGGGCGAUGGAAAUGCACAUUCAGUCCCGAUGAUGUCCCAACUGUCUGUCUUCAACAUGGGCAUGGCCACCACACCUCAGGGACUGAAAUAUAGGAUCAUUGAGCUGCCCUAUCAUGGCAAUGCCAUCAGCAUGCUGAUCGUUAUGCCCUCUGACGAGGACACGCCUCUGUCCCGUGUGAUCCCACACAUCAGCACAGCCACAGUGCAGAGCUGGACCAAACUGAUGCACAUGAGGAAAGUCCACCUGGUCAUGCCCAAGUUUAGUGCUGACGCAGAGGUAGAUUUGGAAGCCGCCCUCUCAGCACUGGGAAUAACGGACAUGUUCAGUUCGGACAAAGCUGAUUUCAGACACCUCUGUGCUGAGCCUUUGUUCGUAUCCAAGGCGCUCCAGAAAGCCAAAAUUGUGGUGAAUGAAGACGGAACAAAAGCAGCAGCUGCCACUGCUGCCAUUUUGCAGGCUCGGUCCUCUCCACCUUGGGUUACAGUGGACAGACCUUUCCUCUUCCUCAUCAGACAUAAGUCAACAGGUACCAUUCUCUUCAUGGGCCAGAUCAACCAGCCUUGAGCCCAGUCAUCACUGGCCAGCCCCUGGUGACAUCAUAGGCCAGCAGAAGAAAUGCUUAUACACUGCCACGCAUGUACACACACAUACACAUGAAUACACACCCACAUACACAUGCACACUUUGCUGUAGACUUAUGUACAAUGUGGACAUAUGAUGUUUUUUGUUAUAAAUAUUGCUUUUUAUGUUACCCAUUUUCUGUAAUGCAUAACAGGCUUUAUAAAAUGUUUUGCAGACUAAAUUUUCCACCUGUUUUAAUUUUUUUUUUAUACUUUUUACAUUUUAAAAUACUUUGAAUGUCAAUUGUGUAUUUUCUCAAGUCUGGAAUAAGAUAAUUACAUUUUUUUGUUUUAUCAUCACUUUCAGUUUAAAUGUUCUCCUUGGGCCAAUGUACAUCCCACCUUGAACGACUUGCAUUCAGCUACUUUAAAAUGAUUGUUUCCCUCAUUGAGGAAGAUUUCUGUUAUCAUACUUGCUUCAUAUUUGAUAAAAUAAAUACACAUAUUUAUAACACCAA